UUUGUUGAUUGUUGAUGUUUUGAAUGUCUACUGCUAUGAUGAAAAAUUGCGUUUUCCCUCAAACAAACAGUAAAAUUCCAAUAUUUUAGACUAAAUUUUGCUCCAGUGUGUCGACAAAUAAUCUAAAAAUGUGAUGGUUUAAUUGUUAGAAUGUAAAAAGACUUCGAUAUCCAUAUCAAGAAGAAGGACCUUCCUACAUACGUUUUAUUACAACACGCAGAUUAUUAAAAUUAUUUCGUAAUUUGUGAAACAUGGGCGUAAUUGGAUUAAUUUUCGGCUUGUUUUUAAUUAGUUUAUCUCGAAUUAAUGCAAAGGAUGCUUGCACCAAUCAGCUCUACCUCAACUCCCUGGACGGCAACAAAAUCCGAACAAAACCUUCAUCAUUCAAAGACUGCAAUCAAAUAAGUUUCGAGGGUAGCGACAAACUCAAUUCACAUUUAGGAUCCAUAAGACUGGCAGCUUAUAUUCAAGAUAAUAAGAAAGACUAUACUUUGAACAUAUCUUUUCUCGAUAUCAAAUGGACCAGAGCCCAUUUAAAACUUUACCAAGAUUCCAAACCAGAAACAAGUAUUUGUAAAAUGUAUUCUAUUACAAAUCAGGCCCGAUUGCCAAUGUCCCAAAUGGAUGAUUCUUGUUUUAACCUAAACACUUACAAUACUAGUGUCGAUUAUGUGCUGGAAUUUAAGGCUGAACUUAAGACAGAUAUUUUAUAUAAGAAGCUAAUUUUUAGAUUUCCUUCUGUGGAGAGUUAUGAAAACUCUGUUGCUCUUCCAAAAAGGUCCCUAUUUCUCACUGUGGACGCACCAAGUAACCAUGGUAUAAUUUUGAAAAUCCAAGCGUUGCCGUUCUACUAUAAUGUAACUUAUUACAAAGUUGAAGUUUUCAAAGACAAAGACGAUAAGGAUAUUUUGUUGGACGUAAGAAUGCUCAAGCCUAAAAGUGAAGGAAUGACUUUUGAUUACAUUACUUACAAUGAGGAAGGUCAUUAUUUUUUUAAAGUUAGCGCAGUUAAUGACGUUUGUCCUGAGGAUGUUUGUUUGAAGAGUGUUUCUCCUCAAGUUUAUAUCAAACGAAAAUAUCCUCCUCUAGUCAUAGGAAUAGUUGGAGCAAGUUUUAUUAUCCCUUUUGCCCUAUUUAUUCUUCACAUGUGGACUAGGCGUAGUCAAUUAGAAGUUGAAACCCAAGAGCAAAAAGACACAAUCUUUCUAGUAUACAAUCAAACGCCUGAAAAGCACUAUCAAAUAAUUAAGUCACUAGAAAAAACCCUAAAAAGUUUGACAAAAGUACAACUAGUAACCAACAUCAAUGAAGCAUCUCAUGUACUUUAUAUUUGCGGUAUGCACAUUUUCGAACCUGAUGCCACGACGCACAAAUUUCUAGUCAUAGAAGCUAACAAGGCCGUCUCGAAGAUGGAAAUCUUUAUAAUCUCAUUUCCAUAUUCCACCAAAGAAAUUCCACCAUUCUUGAAAAAUUGCCUCAGAUUCAACUUGAUGGAGGACUUCAGUAAGUUUAUUCACUUGUUCAAUUGCGACGCCGAUUUCGAAAAUAAUGAAAGUUACAUUGAAUUGGAUGGGCAAGUGAAGGCGGCUCAAAUUCAAAAUGAACCAAGAAAAAUCAUACUAAAUAUGCCUAUUAUUAUUGUAACUGAGCAGUCUGAUAGCGAUGGUGAGCCAAAAGAAGCUGAUGUCUUAUUGUAGAUGAAGUUAUUUUGUAUUUUGGAUAAUGAUACAGGGUGACUGGUGAUUUUUUUAAUGCCAAUAAUUUUCUAGUAGUCGCUAGAGCUGGAAAAACUACUCUUGAAGUCAUUUGAUAAUCUGACUAUUACCAUACCAUAACAUUCUGUAAAUUAAAUGUUCUUGUCAUAGACUGUAUGUAUUUUCUCAGAUGAAAACAGUAAUUCUAUUGACCACCAUCAAUACUUUUUUUUAAAUUUCAUACUGAAAUUUAAUAGUCUUCCAUUAAUAAUUGUUACCCUCUAUCCACCCAAAAUUAUGACCUAAUUCAGUCCAAAUGUUCGUAAAUAAUUUAAGGAUCCUUAAGUUGAAAUUUGUUGUACCUACUUUGUAUUGUGCUUAUCUCAUAGACUGUUUGAUCAAAACACUGACCAAAUUUCAUCAAUUUUGAGACAUUCUAAUUUGGCCCUAGUUAAUAAUAAUCAUGUUGUUUUGACUAAAAUUAUUUAUGCCCAGCUCUGGCUUUUGCCUAUUUAAAUGUGAUUUGAACGCUUUUGUCACAAGGAAUUGGAAUGAAGUAAGAUCCUUUAGAAAUUAAUAAUUAUUUUUAGGGAUUUUAAUUUCCAAUUCUUUGUUGUGGGAACUGAUUUUUUUUUUAUAAAGAGAUUUAUAAGAAUCUCAGUAAAUGUAUUUUUUUCUAGGAUUUAAGUAUUUUUCUCAGUGUUCUAUAUUCUUAUUUUUGAUAUAAAUUUAAUUUUUAUUUCUUUUUUUUUUACACAUUUUUCCAAUCAUUAAAAUAAUGGUAAAAAUAUGAUCUUAAAGUUUCUAAUAUCUUUUCUUGGUUCAUGACUUUCCCUAUGCAAUUGAUGGAACAAAUAUACACUCUUUCUGAAUAGUCUACAGUCUACAUUAAAUCUUAUUUCUAAAACAAUAAUCCUAAUGUUGUACUUAAGAUUUUUUUAUUAAGUGUUUUACUGUAUAGGAAUAGGAAUGUAUUUUAUGUUUUGUAUAAACAAUAUAUAAGUAAUUGAAUGUCAAUAUAAAAAAAUAUACCUAUGUUGUGUAA